GUGCGCGAGUCACAGAGAGGGAGUUCAUUUGGUUUGUGUUUAAAGAGCAGUUGCUUCACAGUCGAAAAUAUCAGAACAAUAAUGGCAGAAACUCAAGAAGAGAUGACCCCCAUUGAGAUGAAGGUGGCACGUCAAGUAGAGUAUUACUUUGGAGAUCACAAUCUCCCGAGAGACAAGUUUCUCAGACAGCAGCUGCAGCUUGAUGACGGCUGGGUGACUUUGGAGACCAUGCUUAAAUUCAACAGAUUAAAGACUUUAACUACAGACAGCAGCGUCAUCGUUGCAGCUCUCCAGAAAUCAACGACGGGUCUCUUGGAGAUCAGUGAAGACAAGACUAAAAUCAGGAGGUCUCCAGACAAACCCUUACCAGAAAUAAACGACGAAUACAAAGACGGAAUAAAAAACAGAUCCGUUUAUGUUAAAGGGUUUCCUCUUCAAACAACUCUUGAUGAGAUUCAAGAGUGGCUGAAUGGAAAAGGCAACAUAGAAAACAUCCAGAUGAGGAGAAACCUGCAACGGCAGUUUAAGGGAUCUGUGUUUAUCUGUUUUGUCACUGAAGAGUCAUCGAAGCAGUUCUUGGAACGUUCUGAUGUAAAAACAUUCAAAGACAAUGAGAUGAUUGUGUUGUCACGGGAAGACUACCAUACAAAGAAAGCAGAAGAAAGAAAACACUACAAAGAACAGACAAAAGCAAAAGCUAAAGAGAAAAAAGAGCAGCAUCAAAAACAAACAGAAGAAAAAGAAAUGGGUUUGCUGCUGGGUGAACAGACGGGUUGCUUAUUGAAGUUCUCUGGAGAGCUUGAAGAUGUGUCGCGAGAGGACUUUCAUGUAGUGUUUUCUGGGCACGGAAAGAUAAAGUGGGUUGACUUCACAAGAGGAGCCAAAGAGGGCACCCUUCUUUUUGACGGGAACGCAAAAGAAGCGUUCGAAAAGGCAAAAGAGGCAAACGGCGGGGAGCUGAAGGUGAAGGACAACACGGUUACAUGGCAGGUGCUUGAGGGAGAAGAGGCGAAGGAGAAUCUGAAAAAGAUUAUCGAAGCGCAGCAAGAAUUGCAAAGCCGAUCAUCAAAAGGCAGAGGUGGAAGAGGAAGAGGCGGUGGCAGAGGAAGAGGAGGCCGAAAGGGAAGAGGUGGAAAAGAUCACGGCAGAACUCAGUUCCAAGGAAAGAGGACAAAAUUUGACAGCGAUGAAGACGAUGCACCAAAGGAGCUAGAAGAUGGUGAUGGUCCCCCAGCAAAGGUUACCAAAACUGAAAAUGGAUCUUAAGGACGAGACAGAUGCCCAGUUCCCCUUUUUUUAAGUAAAAACAUUUAUUAUAAAUAUUAUGCAGGAGGCAACUUAAACUCAUUCCAGUAAAAGCAUCAUGUUUUGGAGAACCUUAAGAAGUCUACUUGGAUGUCCACCUAAAGGAGAAAAAAAAAAAUCAAAGCUUAAAAUCAGUUUUCAGCCUUUUUAAGUCUCUGUUGUGCCUCUCACAUAAAUAUUUCUGUACAUUUUCAUUUAGCAUGUUUUGAUUUUAACAUAUUCUUCAGGAAACAGCUUUUGACAGUAAUUUAAUUUCUCCAGCAAAUGUUUUUAGUUAUUUUCUUUGAGACCUGUGUGACACGUAAAUGCAGUGUGCCAUUGUUUUCUUUGUAGAUUUCCUACAGAAUGAUGGAAAUGUGCACAGAAUAUUUUCAGUUUGCAUAUGUUAACAGCAAAUAAAAUCUUUACAAAACCAAA